UGAGAACCACCAGCCUCUAGAGGGCGCAGUGGUGCCACGGGAAGUGCCAUGUUUGCGGAAGCUUGGCUGUAGUAGCUAAGCUGAGAGUGUGAAUGAGUUCGGUAGUUGACAACUUUGUACACAAAUAUAGUGCCGAGCUGUCGUUUGUGGUCCAAAAUGAAUCUACCGAAAGGACCAGAUUCUCUGUGCUUCGAUAAAGAUAUUUUUAUGAAGGAUGACUUUGAUGUUGACCAGUUUGUGGCCGAGUGUCGAAAGCAAGUCCAACUGGAGGAGAUGAGAGAAGACCUGGAGCUGUACUACAAACUGUUGAAAACAGCCAUGGUGGAGCUCAUCAACAAGGAUUAUGCAGAUUUUGUCAACCUCUCCACCAACCUGGUGGGGAUGGACAAAGCCCUGAAUCAGCUUUCUGUGCCAUUGGGACAGUUACGGGAGGAGAUUAUGAGUCUGCGUUCCUGUGUGAGUGAGGUGAUACAGGCCAUUGAUAACCAACUGUCCAAACAGGAAGACCUGCAGAAAAAGAAGGUGUGUGUGCUGAGGCUGAUUCAGGUGGUGCGCUCAGUGGAGAAGAUUGAGAAGAUUCUUCACUCACAGAGCUCAAAGGACUCAAGUUCCCUGGAAAUCAGCAGCCCUUUGUUAGCAGGUCAGAUCCUGGAGAGGAUUGCUACAGAGUUCAACCAGCUUCAGUUUCAUGCUAUGCAAAGCAAAGGCAUGCCCCUACUUGACAAAGUCAGACCUCGGAUUGCAGGGAUCACCUCCAUGCUGCAGCAGUCUCUGGAGGGCCUGCUGAUUGAGGGCCUGCAGACAUCUAACGUGGACAUGGUGCGCCACUGCCUGAGGACGUAUGCCACCAUUGACAAAACGCGAGACGCCGAAGCUUUAGUGGGGCAAGUGCUGGUUAAACCAUACAUGGACCAGGUUAUAGUUGAAGAAGCUGUGAAGUCCAAUCCAAGCAGUCUUCAGCUGAUGUACUCCAGACUGUUGGACUUUGUUCCCCACCAUUGUAGACUGCUCAGAGAGGUGACUGGAGGAGCCAUAUCCAGUGACAAGGCUGAUACAGUGCCGGGUUAUGAUUUCCUGGUGAACUCUGUGUGGCCAGAGAUGAUCAGAGGAAUAGAAGAAAGGUUGACCUACAUCUUUAACCCUGGAAACCCUGAGAUAUUCUAUGAGCGCUACAGCGUUAGUAUGGACUUCGUACGUCGUUUUGAGCAGCAGUGCAGCUCACAGGCCAGUGUGAAGAGACUAAGAGUUCAUUCCUCAUAUAUCAGCUUCAACAACAAAUGGAACCUGCCCGUCUACUUUCAGCUUCGGUACAAAGAGAUAGCCGGGCGCCUGGAGAAUACCAUAAGUGAAGGACUAGAAGCAGCACCAGCUGGCAGUUCGUUCCACCUGCAUGUGUCUGAGGUGUUGUGGUCCUGCCUAGUGAGGUGCUGGUCAGAGAAGGUGUAUCUGUCACCUUUGGCGCAUCGCUUCUGGAAGCUGACACUGCAGCUUUACUCACGAUAUGCCAAGUUUCUAGAUGAGGUGUUGUCAAAAACUCCGACACCCGAGGCGCCGAAGGAGCUGGCCAGGCCUCUGCCGAGCUCGGCCUCUUCCACAUCCAGCCGAACAUCGCUGGAUGAAGGUGGCAGUGAGAGCGGAGGCCCGGCGUCUCUGUCCACCAAACAGCUGGUUUAUAUCGCAGCUGACAUUCAGAAGCUGCAGGAGAAGAUUCCAGAAUUGUCAGAAAUGGUCAGACAGCGAUUAGAAGCGAUUGGGAUUAAAAACUUUGCUGUUGUGGAAGAUGCUCUUGCAGACUCCAAGGUUUGCCUGUCGAGCAGCAUUCCAUCUCUGAACACCAGGAUGACGCAGCAUCUGACUGAACGCUGCUGCCGCUUCCUGAAAAGCGCCUCUGAGGUUCCACGACUCUACCGCAGGACCAAUAAAGAUCUGCCAGUACGUGCAUCAGCAUAUAUGGACAACGCUUUACGGCCAUUACACCAGCUGUUAGCAGACUCCACGGGACUGGUCAACCCCCAAACGGCACAAGAAUGGCUCCGAGUUACAUUGUCUGACUCCACACAGAAGUACUACGAGACCAUCUCAGAAGUGCUCAGCUCGGUAAAAAAGAUGGAAGAUAGUCUGAAGCGUUUAAAGCAAGCCAGAAAGGGUGGAACCACCGCUGUCAACACAGGAGCCAACGGUGGACCGACCGACGACAGCAAGAUUCGUCUUCAGCUGGCCUUGGAUGUGGAAUAUUUGGGCGAACAGAUCCAGAAAAUGGGCCUCCAGCCGAGUGACAUCUCUAUGUUCUCCACCCUGAUGGAGCUUGUGAAAGAGGCUCGAGAGCUCGCAGAACCAAACCAGUAGAACAUUGACUCUAAAGUGACUUAAUGAAUGUUCUGCACACCUCUACAUUUCCUGGAGACGUUAAAACAAAAUGGAUUUGUCUGGUUUAGGCGGGAGCGAUAUCCAUGGCACCACGAAGGAAAACGAACCGACUCUAAUAAAAUCAUCAUGCAAGUCUUUGAGCCCUUACAGUACAGUAAUGGAAGGGACGCAUGUUACUGCAGGAUCACAUACUACUAUGUUGUGUCUCUGCUUUGUACAAACUGCUGUAUUAUCUCCUCUUGGGUUCCAAUGUUUCUAAAGGAAUCUUAAUUUUAUUUGUAAAGAAUAAAGUCAGUUACAGCAUGUGUAUUUAAUUUCUUUUUAAUAUCCUCUAAAUAUUCCACGUUAAUGUUGAAUAUGUACAGAUUCAAACGAAGGUUUCAAGAAUCCAAAUCAAGAAUUUAGGAGUAAAGUAAAAUGAUUUUCGUAUGUUCCUGUCUGUUUUAAUCCGCAGAUUAUCCAUUAGCUACACUGGGUUCUAUAUAAAUCGUUUACUUAUAUUGUUUGUCUUUUUAUUUCUAAAGGUCUAUUAAAAACAGUGACUCUAGGA